CAGUCAUCUGUUAGAAGGAAAAUUUGGUACGGUCCACAUGCCAAGGGCCUGAGCGAACAUACGGAAGUCACUGGAAAAGCAAACACAUAGGCCAAGACGUUGAUCGCUGUUGUGUUUUUGCGCCUUAACAGUUUGCAAAAGAUGGGUGUGACACCUCGGUCUACAAAUUCAAGGCUACGACCAAGUGGAUAACAUUUACAGUGACUUUAUGUGGCCCAGUUCAAAGCAUUUCUGAGAUCUAGACCACGCCUUUCAGCAUGAAGUGGUCGGAGCUACUGGACAGCAUAGAGCGCGAAGUGAAGGAGGUUUUCUCCAACAAGAGAUUUAAACUGGACGUACUGAAGGAAAAUAUUCAUAACGGACCAAGUACACUCAUAGACAUCAAGGUUACUGACAAAACAUCGGGAAAACGGUUGCUGAUUGACUGUCAUCAGCUCAAGAGGAAAGAACUGCGAAUCCAGGAAGUGGAUUUUCUGGCAAAUUAUGCCUCUGAUGAACACUGUACGCACGCGGCACUCAUAGCAUCUCCGGACUCUGACCUCACCGACCAAGUCCAAGAACAUGCAGUACGCGUGGGUGUCGCUAUGGUGCGCUUUCAACCCAGCACGUUCAGACGAAAAAUCGGACAGGUGUUCAACAACGGUAUGAUGCUUCAACAGAAAAUGCAACAUGGCGACGCAAGGAAUAACGACAUGUCAUCGAACUUGAAACCGACGGUCAGAAUCUAUACGCAGAAUGAGAAAAACUCGGGAGCAAACACUUGUGUUUUAAGGACAAUUCCUUGCAGAAAUGUGAAUGGGAGGUACCACCUUAAGUCAGAGGGGGUGUCAUCUUCUAAAGCAACACCUAGGGACUUAGUUUCUGGGUCAUGGUGGCUCCGGAAGGGGACAUCGACUCUCUGGAAAACUAACACAAUUCAAGUCCAACCCUCUGAUGUUUGGCAGAUUCAUCAGGUGCCAGCAGACGCCCAACAGUUGCCUGAAAAUGUAUGGGAGGAUCUGAGUCUACAAUCUCAGGUCAUCACUCUCCACAAUUCCGUACCAAGUGCUGUUCAAAAACAACGGUAUAGGAAUGUUUUGGGAUGCAGGGAUAAUUCGUUAUGGUUGUUCAACACAAAGUUGCCACAGGGUCUUAGUCACAUCUUUGGGGUGCCAACCACACCGACCAUACAGCCAUUGCGUAGACCGACCGCAGGUAUUGUACAGGGCGAUGGGUACUCUACAGAGAGGCAGACGACAGUGGGGGACGGUGCGUUUUACAGUACUUCGCAGCGAUUUUUCACAGCAACCACAAGUUCCUCACAACCAAAAGAAGAACGUCCCAAAGAUGUCACUGAGGACUUGACAACCUCGCACACGUGUACACUCAUUCCGAACCCGACGUCACGAACACUGACCGAAACGACACGAAGAAACCCGACGAAGCUGUUCGACAAAACGUCGCAAACUCCGACUUCUCAGGAAACCGGAAGAGUCACCGGUGUUCUUCAGAAUCAGCCACAGAGAAAUGGGACCAAUGGUGUCAGCGUUGUAUUGGGGUAUCCAAAGGUUGUAAAACAACACGUACUGGAGCCCAUAGUCACAGUUGUAGGCAGAGUGGGAGAGGUAGCUAUAGUGAAGACCAUGUCAGUAGCUCUAUUUCAGCUGAAAGCAAUCGUUGAUACGCUGUAUCCAUUGGUGGGGGUGCUUCCCUCACAUCUCGUGAAGACCCUUGCUUACAGUAUGCAUCUAGUACGUGUGUCGACUACGCUGAUUCGAAGAACGCCGCAGAGACCCGCCAAGAAACCGAGGAGGACAAAGCAGGCCGCCCGUCGAGUCACACCCCAGUGCGCUCAAGGUGGAAGGCUAUUGGUGCAGGGUUGGCGACCAAUCGUAUCUCAGCAAAACUUUCGACCAAUAGGAAAUCAGAGGCAACAGCCAAUCAAAAUGCCAGGCGCCGCAACUGUGUGUCAAAUCGGACGACCUCAGCGAAUCGGCGCCCAUGCCAUUGCAGAGCAAAAUGGCUCGGAGUCAACUCAAGAUGGACUGAGAAACGAAUCCAGUGAGGGUGACAAAAAUGUCCUGUCGGAAUCAGACAACAACUUACUUCACUCACAGUCGGCUGUAGCUGAAGUCAUCCCCGUUAAAAUGGAGCCAAGCAACGAAGAACAGGCCUGCAACUCUUCCGCGAACCACGCCAAUGACGUCGAGUCUCUGAGCCCUGUGAAGUCAGAACACUUAGAACAACAUGACCUUGAAACGUCCUCCAAAGUUGCGUCGACAGAAACCUCCAGCCAUGACCAAGGGGUUCCGCUAACUGCUACAACAUGCAAAUUGGAAAGCGUGGAAGAUUCCAUGGUAAAGAAAGAAGACCCGCGCGAGGGAUCACGGGAUGCUGGUAGAGGAGCUGGUUCCUCCGAUGACGACAGUGAGGAUGACGUCAGUGAUGACGUAAUGCCGAAGCCUGUGGUCCAUGGCUUGUUUGAACCCCUAAAGGCAGACAGUAAUGUGAAGAGUGAAGCAGCGACAGACGAAAGCCACGAUCCUGAACAUUAUGUUGGAAUAAAUACCGGAGAACACACACUGAUCCUUUCCGACGAAAGCGACGAGGACAACGACAUGCCGUUCAAGGAAGAACCGCUUGGCGGCGAAGGGCUUUUUGUCGGAAACCUGGCAUCUAACAAGGCAGAGUCUUUGGAUAGUGGCUGUGUGGAGGAACAGGGGUGCCUGCCGUCUUCUAGAAAGUCUUCGUCUUCUUCCUUCUAUUCUUUCUUGUCUUUCUUUUCAUUUUCGUCAUCAGCAUCUUCGUGUUCAAGCUCCUCAUCCGACGGUGCCAAAAUAAAGAAAGAUGAUGAAAAGGAUACCAAAGACGACAUCAAGACACCCAAAGUUGAAACUGUCGAUUCAGAAGUUGAUAGCCUGUAUAACAAAGAUGGACCAGGGAGUGAGGAGAAAGGCACUCCGUUUGAUAUCGGAGUAACUCCCAGUUCCCGUAAGUUUAUAUCGCGAGAUUUCUCGUGGUCAAGCUCAACUUCAUCCUCCUCUUCAGAUUCAGUUUCUUUCGCAACGCCAACGAGGCUUUCCUCGGGAGAGAUAAGCCGCGUGAAGUAUUCCAACAGCCCGCUCAACAAGUACGACGGGUCUCCGGACAUGCGAGUUCGCGUGAACAGGAGUAGCAUGCUCGGUUCUCCCGACAGAAGCCCCAGGAAUGCCAACGGAACGCCAGACAUGCGGUGGACGGGAAACAGGGAGUCUCUCUGCGGGAAAUCCCCGCAGGGACUCCCGCUGAACGUGAACAAGUCGCCGGACAUGAGAUGGAAGUUCAACCGGGCUGCACUUCUACAGAAGUCUCCGCAGGGGGCGCUUCUGAACGUGGACGGAUCUCCGGACAGGAGGUUCAAGGUCACGCGAAAUCUCGCGAGGAAAGGACAAAGUAACGUCAGUACAAGGACACUGGUGUUCAACUAGAAUAUGUUACAUCAUAUUUCUACAUGGACGAAGUAGCGCUAUAUUCAGUUCAGUUCAGUUCCGCUAUAUAUGUAUACGAUAAUUGUAUUUUACUUGUUUCUUUGCUGAAGGAUCUUUCUAAAAUACAUAUGUAAUAGAGAUCUGAAGCCAUUAUUUCCAAUGCUAAGGACCAAGCAAGCUAUAUUGAUAAUAAAAAGAAGCAUAUAUAAUAUAUAUAUUUAUUUCUAUACUAUACAAUCCUUUAUAUCAUACCCAUAUGCCCGCAACUGUAAUAAUUGUGUCUAGAAAUAUAUUAUCCUGAAUUAUCUAUAAAUCAUAUUUCUGUAACGUAUGCUUUUGUACGAUACUCUAAUGUAUGAAACAGGAGGGUUGGCAUUAACCUGGACGUAACUUAUAUAUGGUUGAACAUAUUCACAUGUACUUUUAGGAAAAAUAUAAU